AUGGAGCGCGAUGAUUUUGAGGAUGAUGAUUUUAUGAACGAGGAAUUCGGAGCUGAAGAGUUCGAGUCGGUGUUCCUGACUUUGCUUGCAAUUCUACAGUACUAGCUUGUUAAUCCUUCGGUCCUACAGUGAAGUAUACCACGACGAAGACUCCGAUCCAGAUUAUGCGGAAUCCGACGAGGAUAUUGACCCUGCGCUGGGAGCGUUCGACGACUUCACCGAUGAUGAGGGGUUCGCUCAUUAUUCCCCUCCAUGGAUCUCAUCACUGCUUUACUGACUUUCCCACCUCCCCAGCCGAUCCAUUCGUUCCGACAUUGAUGACGAAAACAUUUCCCUCAACGCCCUCAAUAACGAAAUGGACACCUUCCAUGCUGACUUGCGCGCGGCCAGCGGUUUCAAGAAAUCUCGGCGUACGGGGGGGCGUCGUCAAAUCGGGGACGAGGUCUACAGUUUCGAAAUCCGUGGACUCCUCGGCCAGGCAAACUCCGCUUACGCUUUCGGUAAACUGGAUGAGGCUAUGAAACUCGUCAAGCAGAUAAUCCAUAUUGAGCCGGGAGUCUACUCGGCGUGGAAGAUCCUUGGUGAGAUAUUCAAGGAGAAGGGGGACAAGCGCAAAUGCUUGCUUGCGUGGCUGACGGCGGCCCACGCACGGCCCAAGGACUGGGAGCUGUGGGUUAUGUGUGCUAAGAUGAGUCUUGACCAGUACGGGACUGACAAUAGAGCGUAUAAGGAUCAAGCAGUUUAUUGUUAUAAUCGGGCUAUCAGUGCGAAGCCUGAUAAUAUUGAUGCUAUAUAUGAUCGAGCGCUGUUGCUUAAGGAGUUGGGGAGUCUAAAUAAGGCUGCUGAGGGCUUCGUGACGCUGAAUAGGUUUCUACCAAAUGAUAUGUCUGUCUUAAAGGAGCUGGCAGGGUUGUAUAUCGAGAUGGGCAAGGUUCCUGAAGCGGUCGAGUAUUAUAGGCGCAGUGUGGAUCACUUCAAGGCUGCUGGGAACCCGGAUAAUGCUUUUGGGUGGUCUGAGUUGAACAUAUUUGUUGAGUUGUAUUGCUUGGAGAAGCAGUGGACUGAGGCUAUUGAUACCAUUGGGUCCGUUGGCCGAUGGUUAUAUGGCAGAGCUGCAGAAACAUAUUGGGAUAAGACCAAUGAGGAUGACAGAGAAUGGGAUAGUGACGAUAGGCCUAGGAGGUGCAUGGUCAGAGAGUUUGAGGCUGGUCGGUUCCAAAAGGAGUCUUAUUGUCUCCCGCUGGAACUGAGGGUUAAACUGGGUUUAUGUCGAUUACGACUGGAGAAUAUGGAGGAAGCUAUGGUAAGUGGAGAUCUAGACCCAGCCGUAUCCAUCCCUUGUUCUCCACGAAUUCAUCAUGUAAUUUGUGGAAUUACGAAAUAUCUACUAGUGAAUUGUCUGUUCCAGGCUUACAAAUAUAUAACAGCAUCACUUUCAACAUCUCCACACUGAAGCCCGAGACUCCCCCACCUACAGUGAUCUAUUCCAAGAGGUCGGCGAUGCCCUCCACAGUGGUGGUCACUUUAAUGAAGCAAUCACCUACUACUCAGCGGUAGUAGAGGGUGCUGUAUACCUCGACCGCAAGCUCUGGUUCAACAUGGCGGACUGCUACAAAGGCCUUGACAACAUUGAAGAUGCCGAGGACUGUUAUGGCACCAUUUUAGAAGCGUAUCCGAAAGACGAUGAGGCAAUGAUGCAGCUAGCGGGAAUCUAUGAGGUCACGGGCAGAAAAGUGGACGCCCUGGACCUUGUCAAUCAGAUAAUCGGCAUGCGUCGGGAGAAGGAGAAAGCGGAGAAAGCCAUGAAGGCCGUUACGGCGACUGCGCAGCAGGCAGAGGAAGCGGAAUCGUUGGCGUUCUUCCCGAAUCAGCCCAUACCCGAGAGGGUUAAGCGAAAGAGGACGGGCAUUCUCAGCGAGGCGGAGAAGAUGGAGAUGAAUGCGAAGAGGACGGAGCAGACGGAGAUUCGGUACAGGAAGUUGGAAUACUUACGGUCGAGUAUGGAAGCUGGUGACCCGGAGGCUGUGAAGGAAUGGCUGGACACAGCGGGAGACUUGGUCGAUGAUUUCCGAAAUACUAGAGCAUUGUACCCUCAUGAGAGAAGAAAUAAGUUUAAAGGAUUCAUGACGACCGCGCAGCGAAGAGCAUUGGCUCUAGGUGAAACAAGGCGGAUCGAGAAGAUGCAGGAUCGUCUCAAACAAUCUCUAAGUAUGGGGUUUCCCCCUGCGAGUCAAGUUUUACAGUCGAGUGACUGUCCAUGAUGCUGACCUUGAUUUCAGCCUUUGAGGAAGAAGAAAUUGAAGAACCGGAGCAUCUAUCAAGGUUCCGUGGGCUGGACUUUGAUACAUGGCUCUACAUCUUUAUGCAGUACGCCAUCUGCCUCGCUAAAUAUGACAACCAUCAAGAUGCCUACGAUGUGUGCAAUGCCGCGAAGGACGCAAACGUCUUUUAUCAUAAUAAAAAGAGAACCUUCAUAAUCUAUAUCACUUGGCUAGGUAACCUACUGAUUCCCAUCCACUUCUCUUGGGGCUGACAUUUCCCACCACUACCUAGCCUGCGCAAUCCACGUUGGCGAUAGCGACUCCUGCUCCAUGCUCUCCCGCUGGUUUAUGACCACCUUCCAAUUCACAACUGAGGCCUACAACCUCUUCACGGCAAGCAUAACGGCGAGCAAAAACGGACUAGAAGUCUUCCACAACAACGCCAACCAGAAGUAUCUCCUGCGGCAGAUCAAAGCAAUGGACCAAGUGCUAACUGGGGAGCGCAAGACUGGUGCGGCAAAUCUCACCGGCGAGUGUCCUUCUGGUGGCGCCUUGGGCGAGAAGUAUGUGCCGAAGGAGGCUGACGUCGGCCUCAUCAUGCUGUACGCGCACAUCCUCGCGAGCGGGAAGAGUUACCUCUCUGCUUUGAACUAUUAUACUAGAGCAUAUGCGCUCGUUCCAGGGGAUGCGCUUAUCACAUUUUGCAUAGGCCUGGCAUAUCUACAUAGGAGUAUGCAGCGCCAGAGUGAGAAUCGGCAUGUCAUGGCGUUGCAGGGGGUUAGUUUUAUCUUUGAUUAUUAUGAUAUUCGGUGUGGGAAACCGGGGGAGCAGGAGGAGGUGCGGGAGGAUGUGAGGCCAGAGAAGAGGCAGGAGGCGGAGUAUAAUGUUGGGAGGGCGUUUCAGCAUAUUGGUAUUCAUCAUUCCUUCCCCGCCUUCCCCUUUACAAACUUGAGGUUCAGGGGUGCUGAUCGGGAAUGGUUUUUCUUAGGUCUCGCCCAUCUGGCCAUACCCUAUUUUGAACGCGUGCUUCAGAUCUCGGAGGAGAACACGAUUGAUGGGGACUUGAAAUGGGAGGCUGCGUAUAACCUACAGAUGAUUUAUAUGACGAGUGGGAAUGCGAAGCUUGCCGCGGAGGUUACGGAGAGGUAUUUGGUGAUUUAG